AUGGGGGACGCAGUCAAGUGCGAUGGCGCAAUUUACGUGACGAAAGAUGACCAAGUUUUCGGCUUUGGGGAAAACGGAACAGGAUUUCUUGGUACUGGCGACACGGAACCACGCACAGAGCACACGAAAAUUGAACAAUUGUGCGGACAAAACAUUCAAGAAUUGGAAUUCUCAAAUUAUACGUUUUUUGCGAUUUCUGCUACCGGCUCAGUUUACGCCUGGGGAAGAAAUGGUAAUGGUCAGCUUGGACUGGGUACGAAACAAGACACCCUGUUCCCGACCAAAAUAGAAGGAAUUUUGGCAACAAAAAGAGUUGUGCAAGUCGCCUGCAGCGAUUACCAUACUCUGGUUUUAACAUCAGAUAGAGAGGUCUUCUCCUUUGGCCGUAACUAUUUCGGGCAGUUGGGACUGGGACACAGCGAUGACCAAAUUCUUCCAAUGAAAUUGGACUUUCCUGCGGCUGGGAGAGUUGUGACAACCAUCGCAUGUCUAAUUUACUCAUCUGUAGCACUUCUAGACUCAGGAGAGGUACUUGCUUGGGGGGAAAAUGAAGAUGGCAUUCUGGGCCAUAAUGGAGACGUGGAGGAGCAAAACAUUCCUCGCAAAGUGCCCGGAUUGGAAGGCAUCACAAUUACAAAAAUUGUUUGUGGCACAAAUCAUGCCUUGGCCUUAUCCAACGAUGGAAAAGUCUAUUCUUGGGGAUGGAACAAAUAUGGCCAGCUUGGAAAUGGAACUGUUAAAAAUUCGCACGAACCAACUUUGAUAUCUGGAAUUGUUUGCAGGUAUAUAAAAAAGGAUAAGCAUCAAUAG